AUGGACUGUGAACAAACGGUCACAAGCGGAAACACAGCAUUUCCUAACACUGGACCAACUGAAGAUGGGCAAAAUGGAACUGAUAAACCAUACCGUGUUACAAAUGGCACUACUGUGUUGCCCUAUUCGGGUACACCCGAGGUUAUCACUGAAGCGGAGCUGGCCGACGAGCUGCGCGGCAUUCUGGACAAACUGAUCAUCCUUGAAAAUGCUUCUCUACCUGAAAACACAGAAAUUGAAGAAAUGGAGGACACUGUGCUGAAUCUAACGAUUGGUCAUCUGGACACUCUGGAUAGUUUAGAGACGUCGCUGAGCAUCACACCUGUUUCUGUAGAAGUGACUAGAACAGACUUGGAUCUUGGUGAGAAAAGCACCGUUAUUAAAAGCAGGACAGUGCUUCGUAUCCAAGCAGAUGCCGUAGUGACCAAAGGCGCCGAGGUCAUUGGUAGCCUUACCACUGGCGGGAUCGAAAUAAAACCUCAAAGUCUACUGACCCAGGAACUACAAGGAGUCACCACCGAUAUUCUUAAAAGUGUUACUGACUUCUUGUCGGAUCACGGAAUGUCGCUGACGUCUGAGGAGCUCGGCAACGUGGAAGAGGUGGUACUUAUCGUAGUCCAUUCUCUCACAGAAUCCGUUGAAACAACAAUGACGAAUCCGCUGUGGAGUGACAUGAACAAGAAUUUGAACAACGAGUUCGAGGCCUUUCACUCCAUCUUUAACGCGCUUCUUGAAGACGCUAAUAAUUGUCGGUAA